UUGGGAGUUUCUCGGUGGGAGGGAUUUUUGCUGCAGGAAACUUUAAGGUGGCGUGCAGAGCUCAAAGGCUGAACUCUCCGAGAAGCACACGAACAAGAGAGUGAAGAGCAUCUCCGCUCUCAGACACCUGAUGAGCAUCUUCCAAACUCUCCGAGCCCCGAGCAACGGAUCUGCCCAACACAUUACUGGUUUUCUCGGUCUUAAUCGAAGAACAAUAACAAUAGAAGCUUUCUAAAUAUUGGAGAACCUCAUCAGGGACCGGUAGCCUAUCACUUCGACUUUCAGAGAUGGCACUGUCUUUUCGACGCAGGUGUUUGCUUUUGCUGUGUUUGACAGCUGUCCAGGGAGGUCAUGCUGCCGUUCAGACGUGCAUGGACAAACAUCAGGUGGUCGGGGUGCUUCGUCAAAUGGAGAAGUUCCUGAAAGGCCAGGAGAUGAGGUUUACCGAGGGCCUCAGGAUCAUGAAGUCGAAGCUGGCGACGCUUCAGAACUCUGUGUCCAAGUUACCUCAGGCAGACCAGUCAGCUGCUCCCACCGCCUGCCCUCCUCUGGAAGCCCCCGCUCAUGGAACCAAGUUUGGAUCAAAGUACUUUGUCGGACACGAAGUUCAUUUCACUUGCUCCCAGGGAUAUCAACUCGCGGGAUCCGCCACACGUGUGUGCCGGGACAACGGCACCUGGACUGGUGUCGGUGCCGUCUGUAAAGAUAUAAGUGAGUGUGCGAGUAAUCCCUGCCAGAACGGAGGAACCUGUGUGGAAGGUGUUAACCAGUACAAAUGCACCUGCCCCCAGAACUGGAGUGGUUCUCACUGCCAGCACCAAACACAGACAGCCCCACCUGAGUGGAGUGUUAUGAAUGAUCCUGCGUUCAGCCGGAGACCCCGCUGCGCCCAGGUGAACCGAGCCCAACACUGCAGCUGCGAUGCCGGCUUCCACAUGAGCGGCACGUCCGACAACAGCAUCUGUCAGGAUGUGAAUGAGUGUGAAGUGUACCGUCUGGACCAAGGAGGGAAGCUGUGUGUCCACGAGUGUGUCAACGUCCCCGGCUCGUACCACUGCUCCUGCCCCAGUGGCUACAAGUUGCUCCCGGAUGGGCGGAGCUGUGAGGAUGUGGACGAGUGUUUAAGCCAGCAGCACAACUGCAGCCGAGGCACAACUUGUAUAAACACAGGCGGAGGCUUUCAGUGUGUCAACCCGGAGUGUCCCCGCUCUCAUGGCAACAUCAGCUAUGUGAAGACGUCACCUUUCCAGUGUGAGAGAAACCCCUGCCCGAUGGACAGCCGCUCCUGCCACGUCGCUCCAAAGACCGUGUCCUUCCACUACCUGUCUCUGACCUCCAACCUGCAAACUCCUGCAACUCUUUUCCGUAUGGCGACCGCCUCCGCCCCAGGGCGCACCGGACCCGACAGCCUGCGCUUCGGCAUAGUGGGCGGAAACUCUCGAGGCAUGUUCGUCAUGCAGCGCUCAGACAGACAAACCGGUGAACUCAUACUGGUGCAGCAGCUACGGGGGCCGCAGGAGAUCAGCAUUGACGUGGACAUGUCUGAGUACAGUGACCGCACCUUUCAGGCCAAGCACGUGGCCAGGGUCCAUGUCAUGGUUUCGCCUUAUAACUUCUAAGACUGAGCUCAGAAAGGAGGGGAAACUGGAAGCAAACAGCUGAAGAAGAACGUGUGAGAAUGAGUUAUUCAGCGCCAUUUACCAUGUUGACACGACGGCCAUCUUCCUUCUGUGACACAUUUAAGAAAAACAAUCGCUAACCGGUAAUACUGCUACAUGAAAACAGAGAAUUUAAAAAACUUUUUACAACCAAAUUAAGGAAACCCAGAGUGCAAUCAAGCUUUAUUUCAAAUAUAUUUAAAGAGCCAUCAGCUAGUGGCAACAGCUAUGGUUAGCAUCAAACUUUUCUUUUCACCUCUAAUAAAGUUUUUUGACCAGUUUGACACCACAGGAAAGUUGAAAAUAUAUAGUGGUUUCCAGUAAUGCUAGCCAGCUAAAAUGGACCAUCCUCUGGCUCUUGUAACCGUUGCUAUUUUAGAUGCUAACAAGCUGUUGAUGUAGCUUAGCAGUUGCAGGAUUGAGUGAUCAAACAUGUUGUUUUAACUCUAAAUAUCCAUCCAGAUUUUCUCUUUUUAUCGUCUUUUCAGUCAUCGAUCAGAAGACACAGUCAGUGACAUUUAGGAGAUUGUUUGUAUUAAAGAUAAAACAUGUAGAUUCCACCACCAGGGGGCUCUCAAUCAAAACUACAUUUACAAAAGAUGACGGCGAUGCUAGCGGGGAAUCAUGGGCGUUCUCUCAGCUACUCUCUCCCACCCACCGCCCCCACGGGUUAAAAAACGACAUCCGUGUUGACGUAGUGAAGAUGAACGGGUGAAUCCGACCUGAGGAAGAGAUCAUGUUUACCGACGAGCUAAUGUAUCCAAGUAUAAUUUACAUGA